AUGUCGAGCGACUCAGUGCCUGCGCCCGCGCCCGCGGUUGCAAGCCCCUCUGCGCCGGAGGAGCGCAAGCCCAUUCACGCCCUCUGCCUCGAUACCGGCCCGUUGAUCAAGAACGACCCUCCCGUGAGCACAUUGCUUGCCCAGGCCGAUGAGUUGUACAUGCUCCCCUCCAUCAUUGACGAAAUUCGCGACGUCAACACCCGCACCCGAGUCCAGACGACCCUCAUGCCCUUCGUCAAGCUGAGGAACCCUCGUCCCGAGAGCAUCAAAUUUGUUACCAACUUUGCACGCCGUAGCGGAGAUCUCGAGGUUCUCAGCAGACCUGAUUUGCACCUCCUUGCCUUGACCUACGAACUUGAGGUUGAGAAGAACGGCGGAGACUCCCGACUGAGGAAAGAUCCCAACCAGCGCAUCCCUGCCGCCAGGGCGCCUGACAGCGAUGUCACCGAGCCCAAGCAAGAUCAAGACGCCAGCUCUGAAGCUCAGGAAAAAUCCGCAGCCCAAGAGCAGGCUAUUCCGGAAGCGACCGAGAAGGCCGAAACCAGCACCCCCGCUGAGGGCACUGAGGCGACACCAAGCAGCGAACAGCCUGAAACGACAGAAACUAAGUCUGCAGAUGCUGGUGCGACCGCAAUUACACAAGAGAUGGAGAAGUUGGGUGUAGAGGAUAAGCAGGUUGAAGAACCCGCUGCCGCAACGGCCGGCGACGUCGCCGAGACGGUCGAGGCCAAGGAUGACGGAUCAGACUCCGAGGACGGCUGGAUCACACCAUCCAACGUGAAGAAGCACAAGGAGAAGGAUAGCCAGAAGAUCCAGCCGACGGCGCCGGCGGUCGACAUCAAGGUCGGCAUCCUCACCUCCGAUUAUGCCAUGCAGAACGUCGCUCUGAGAAUAGGUCUGAACCUGCUGUCGCCCGCCAUGUCGCGUAUCACCCAGCUCAAGACCUGGGUCCUGCGCUGCCACGGCUGCUUCCAGGUUUGCAAGAAGAUGGACAAGCAGUUCUGCCCCAGCUGUGGACAGGCGACGCUCACUCGCACCUCAUGCACGACUGAGGAGGACGGCACGUUCAAGAUCCACUUGAAGCGCAACUUCCAAUGGAACAACAGAGGCAACGUCUUCAGCAUCCCCAAGCCGGUUGCCGGAACAGCCAGCGGUAAGCUCACCAAGCACGCUGGCGGCAAGAACAACUGGGGCACCAACUUGAUCUUUGCCGAGGAUCAAAAGGAGUACGAGAAGGCUGUUGGAGAUAACCGCCGGGCUCGCCGCAGGGAUCUCAUGGACGAGGACUACCUGCCUAGCAUCCUUACGGGAGACCGAACCAGCAGCAACGGAAAGGUGCGUCUCGGUCCCGGAAGGAACGUGAACGGCCGCAAGAGGAGAUAA